AUGCCGCUCUUUGGGAAUAUUGUUGUAAUUAAACGGAAUGGGACUGAUGGAAUUAGUUUUCCACUCACUGCAAGUUCUUGUUUAUUUGGAAGGAGAACAGAAUGUGAUAUUCGUAUCCAAUUGCCUCAGGUCUCAAAAGAACAUUGUAAAAUUGAAGUAAAUGAAAACAAGGAGGCAAUAUUGACUAAUUUAAGUACGGUAAAUCCUACGCAACUGAAUGGUAGUUGUUUUAAGCAACCUGUACCUCUGAAGCAUGGAGAUGUGUUAACUAUUAUUGAUCGUUCUUUCAGAUUUGAAUAUCCUCUCCAAUCAACUCCAAGAAAGAGGCGUUCUAGAUCUCCAAAAGAUGAAACACUGCAGAGUCCCAGAAGAAAUAACAGGCAAAGUAAAGAAUUAUCAAACAAAAGUGUCCAUUCAGAGACACUGGCUGCAGAAGAGUUAACACCACAACUGGCAUCUCCCGCUGGUCAGAAAUCUGACUCUGGAAGAAAAAGGGGUAGACCAAGGACCUCUGGACUGCUAGCUGGAAAAGCAUUGGAGACAAAUGCCGUUCAAGAACAUCACGAUAAGACUACAAACAGAAAAGACAGUGGAACUAAAGAAGAGUUGGCCACAGAGGGGUAUCAUCAGAAACAAGAUUUGGAAGAUGCCAGCAUUAUAAGACCUCAUAGAUUGUCAGCAGAGAGAAGGUCUUCUGGAAGUGCUACUGUACUCAAAGACAAUGAGGAUGUCUCAGAAAUGGGUAUUUCUGGCCUGUUGGCUGGAGACGAAUCAGUAUUACCAAUUGUAGAAGAGAAGGAUGCUGUUGCAGAAGACAUGAAUACCAAGGAGAAAAAUGAUGCCCAGGUGCAAACACCUAAAAACUCUCACAUUAACCAAGAUGAUAAAACCUUUUUAAUGGCUACACCUGACAAAUUAACAAGAAGUGCACAACUUGCUUUGAAGGUCACUCCCAUGAAGAGGAGAAGUGGAGCUGUAGCAGUUAUCAAUGCAAAAAGAAGAAGUGGUGCCUCUAGUGCCAAUUUACUAGGAGAGAUGAUGGUGUCACCAUUAAAUAGUUCAGAUGCUUCAGAACAGAAACGAGAUAGUCCAGGCAUUUGUCACUUUCUGAGAGAGAAGGAGUCUCUAAAGUCUAUAUUUGAUGCAAUAUGCACAAAAACUCCUGAAAAAAGAAAAGCUAUGCUGGAAGAAAAUAUUAGUGUGGACAGUUUAUCAAUAAUUCCAGAAGAACAAGUGUCUCUGGUAAAAUCAGGAAGAAAAAGGAGGACUCCAAAGCAGAAGUUGGAGCCAGUUGAGGUUGUGUCAGGCAUCAAGCAGCUUUUAAGGACCCCAGAGCAAAGGUCAGAACCAGUAGAGGCCUUGUCAGGCAUCAAGCAGCUCAUGAAGACCCCGAAGCAGAAGCUGGAGCCCGUAGAGGCUUUGUCGGGCAUCAAGCAGCUCAUGAAGACCCCGAAGCAGAAGUUGGAGCCCGUAGAGGCUUUGUCGGGCAUCAAGCAGCUCAUGAAGACCCCGAAGCAGAAGCUGGAGCCCGUAGAGGCUUUGUCAGGCAUCAAGCAGCUCAUGAAGACCCCAAAGCAGAAGCUGGAGCCCGUAGAGGCUUUGUCAGGCAUCAAGCAGCUCAUGAGGACACCAGAGCAAAAGUCAAAGCCAGCUGAGGCCCUAUCAGGCAUCAAGCAGCUCAUGAGAACCCCACAGCAGAAGCCAGAGCCAGUUGAGGUCCUGUCGGGCAUCAAGCAGCUCAUGAGGACCCCACAGCAAGAGUUGGAACCUGUUACAGAUGAAUUUGCCUUUGAAAGAUUGCUGAAGACUCCAGUACAAAAAAGGGAAGCAACACCAAAGGAAAAAGUUGAACCCAUAGAAGAUGUGUUUGGUAUUAGUAGGUUAGUGAAGACUCCAAGAGAAAAGUAUCAACCAGUUGAUGAUUUUGUGGGUCUGCAAAGGCUUAUGGCAGAACCCAGGCAGAAAUGUUCUGAUUUUGAAGUGGACUAUGUUGGAGUUACGGAAAUGUUUGAUAUACAAGAGGACAUGAAGGCCAGAUCAGUAAGUGUUACAGAUUCUAAGGAAGAAGAUACUGCAUCUCACUGUAGUAAUUCCACUCAUAAAUACGAAGACAAAGGAAAUACUUCACAAGGUGAAGAUUCUCAGCAGAAGGAAUCACCUAGUGAAGACCAGUCUACUCAGAGACUAACAAGGGGCAGAUCGAGGAAGACAGUACAUCCUGCUUCAGCAAAGCAGAGUGAAGAGGGUUUGAAUUUGAAAGAAUUGCAAAGUCUGGUAAAAAAGAGCACCCAAGAGGAGGUGGGAGAGAUGAGUACUUCAACUUCAGUAGCUAAAAACAAAGAAAAGGGAAGGAGAACAAGCUAUUGCAUACAAGAAGAAGUUGUUUCAAAUCACCCUGAUCAGGAAAAUGUUGAAAUUGUUUCAUUUGUGGAACCACGUGGAGCUGCUCAAAGACCAGGAAGAGGUAAAAGGAAAGAACCAAAGGAGUUAAAACAUCCAAGUGAGAACCUUGAGUCUUGUGGCAAAGAUUCUUCAGUGCUACGAGAAGAACCUGCAAAUACGAAACAGACUUUGCAGGAGUAUGGUAUCAAUGACAUAUUAGCAACUGAAGAUGAUCCAGGUGUAAAGACAGUAAGUGUAUCUAGUAGCAUUCAAAAUGAAAAUUGUCAACUGCAAACAGGUUUAAAAAAACCUGAAAACAAGUCUAAUGAAGGUCGUGUAGAAGACAAUGAAGAAAUGCUGCUGUCACCUAGGAGAAGGUCUAGAGAAGUAAAAAAAGUAGAGAACGCAGAGCCACUGAUUCCACCUAAAAGAGGAAGAAGAGCUAGAAAUGACCAAGUUAAACACACUUCUUCAGAGGACCUUCACGGGACAACAAGGAAGCUUCGUAAAGACCUAUCAGCAAAGAUGAUACAAAGAGAUGAACAGACUUUUGACAAAGAUACUGAGACUCCCACAGCAGAAGAAUCUGAAAAAGGAACUAAACUUGAAAUAAAGGUAACAGAGAAAAGAGUCAAGUCUUUAAGAAGUGCUAGAAAGCACUUGACUCAAGUAAAAGCAGACACUUGCGGCAUGGUGCUUGAAAAUAUACAAAACAUUCAGAAAACUGAGGAAACUUCAACUGAAACUGAUACUGAAACACAAUCAUGCAUCAAAAAUGAGACUAAAGUAUCUCAGGGAGAUGAAACAGAAAAUGCUCAGGAAAAUGCAACAGAAGCAUCUCAAAGAUUAAAGGCAGAGUCACCUUCUGGAGAGACGAACGAAAUGCCAGUUACUGCUCUGAACUUGGAAGCAAACAGAAGUGCAGUACAGGAAACAAACAGAACUAGAAACAGGAGAGGCAAAAAAGACUCUUUGGAGAAAAAGACUGAUGAAUUUGCCGAAGGUGUAAACAAUCUAGAACUAGUUACUCCCAAAUUUAAGUCAGAAACAGAAAUGGAUGAAUCUUCUCUCAAAGAUUCUUUGGGCUCUGUUUGUGUCAAGAAUACAUACGAAGUCACGAAGGAGCAGAACGACCCAGCUGCCACAUCAAUACCUGCUGCAAACAGUGACAAUCUUGCUCAUAGCAAUCAAAAGCGGAUAAGAAAUGAACAGAGAAUACUUCAGCCAAAGCAAACUGAAAUCCUACAAGAGAAUCAAGCACAAAAAAUUGGAACAGCAUGUAGAAGAGGUAGAGGUAGAAAAGUUAAUUCUGAACUUGAAGAAGCCAGUUCCAAAGCAGUUGGAGGAAAAAGGAGUUUACCUGGGGAUGACAAAGGAAUGACUUACAAAGUUUCUAAAUAUGAGACUUCAGAAAAUCCUUCUUCACAAGUAAGGAGGAGCAAAAGAAAGCAAGUUGUUUCCAUUCCACAGAUAGCUUGUUCUACCUUUAUGGAAAAACAAACAUUAAUUGCAGAUCAUAGUAAAGAUGAGGCUUUUGUAAAGGAGCAAGAUUCAGCUUUGGAAGAUGCUCCCUCUUCAACAGAAGACAUUCCACUGAGACGAGGGAAAAGACGAGAGGUUGCUGCAGCAUCACAAACAUCUAGAUCUCUUUCUAUCAGAAAAAGACGUGGUUUGCUAGAAGGUGAUGAUAAAAAGAUUACCGUGAGAGAAGAUCAAAAUCCAGCUUUGGGAAAUAAGACUUUGCAGGCAAAAGCGAAUGCAUCAGCAAGGGACAAAAGGAAAAAGAUUGAUCUAGCAGCACAGGCAAAAAGUUCAUCUUCUCUCCAGUGUGGCUUGACAGAAACUGAUGAUAAAGAGGAGGGUACUAAUGAAGAACAAAAUACGCCUUUGGAAACAGUGUCCUGUGCAAAAGAGAAGCCAUUAGGAAGGGGCAGAAGGAAAGAAACCAUUCUGGCAUCACACACAACUAAUUACGUUUCUCUUAGAGGAAAAUGCGGUUUGCCAGCAGAUAAUGGUAGAGAAGAAGCUUCUAAAGAAGAUCAAAAUGUUCCAUUAGAAACUUUUGAUUCAUUUAGAAUGAUGAAAAUAGAUCGCUACAGAAAAGAAAAAGAAACAAAACUAAAGAAGAACUUGGCAAAGAGGAUUGCCCAAUACAGCACGUUCAUUCGGAUGCUGGAGUCGCUUGAGCUUGGAUCGAGAAAUAACGCAGCCUUUGCUUGCAAUCCUUACCCAGUCAAAUCCCUCAAGGACGUCAAGGUAAAGCCUUUAUCCGUGUGCGUGUGGAAGUCCGCACAGCAUCGAGCUCUUCCACCCACCUGGGGCAAGAAGGAUCGCCGGGGACCAUCAGCUCUGAAACAGCCCUCCAUCACCUCUCGGGGGGUCCACUGGGUCUGCAAAAGGACCCAUGUGCUGGAGCUGAUGUCUCCUCUUCACCACACUGCAGUAGACUGGGCAGCGGGGCAGGUAACGAGCGAGAGGGACUACGAGGAGAUGGAAUUAGAAAUGACUUCCAAGCUGUGGUUCUCCUGCUCCGAGAGGAGCAUGGGAGGGCUGGUUGUGCUAGGUUCUGCGGAAACAAAUAUGUCAAAGGUUAUGGAGAAAAGUCUUAUAGAUGAUGGCAUGGAAACUGUUCUCCGAUGCGGCAGCACGUGUGGAUCUAGGCUGGGAAAGGAGGCUGCGCUGGGCAGGGUUGUCCAACGGGACUCCGUGGCUCUUUUUGUGCCUUCGAUACCUCUGAAUGAAACCUGGCCUCUGCGCCGGGUACAUUUAAAAGCGGCGUUUGCUUAA